GAAUGGCGAUUUAAAGAGAAGAGGAGAAGCGAGUGGCGGCAACAUAGACCAGUGGCGCAUCUAGUUGUUCGGAACAAUAUUGCUAUUUUCAGCGAUUGGACUUGUUAGGUUAGGUAUAGAAGAUGUUAAGCAAGAAGUGUGCGGCUAGGAGAGCCCUUGCUACGUCACUGCGGAGCCCCGUGACACACAUCGAUGGGCCGAAAUGUAACGGUACAUUCCUUGGUGACCUACUCUUCGCCUCUGGACGUGCUCUCUCUUCCUCCUUUCUUCUUAAGCCUCUCCCUCCAACUCUGUCGGUCAACCGAACGAGUCGAACGCGAUCGCGUAUACACGCAGAGGACACUUGCCGCUGUAUAAGUACUUUUACCAGUUUUGCCAACGCACGCGACGCCGGCUGAUUACACGCUCAGUAAUGAAAGCGUCCUCUUCGCGCGCGGAGGUGCUGUCAUGUAGCCUCUGUUCUUUUUUUACGCCAGUGAAAACGCUAUUGUGGGCGAAAAGUUCGUGCCAUGUUCUCUUUUCCUACAUAGAAAACGCUGCACCCAUGUUUUCUAUCAAUGGCCGUGUAACCUAUAGUGCCAUUUUUUUCUUUCUUCCAAUUUUUUCGCGAUCGUGAUCUGUGUACAGCGACAGUUUUAGCGGAUAUUUCUUUCUUGUUGAAACGUUGCUGCAGUGUUUCUGGAUGUAAGAAAAGAAGAAACAUUAUACGAACUUUUCGUCCUCUGUAACAGAUUCCUGUCGAUUAACAGUGUGAUAUAUUCGGACCUAAACGGGUUGCAGGUCCAAACUGUGGAUUAAACGUCAAUCAAACGCGAGUUAUGAAUGUGAUCGUGCAUUUCGUCUUUCAGGUGAUCGUAUAUCAGCUUGUAACAUGUCAAGGAGGUGGUGGACCAAGCACUUUCGGAUACGAUGCGUCCUCGGCUUGUACUAAACCGUAUUCUCGGGCUGGUCGUGCCCGAUUGUCGAAUCUUCCUUGUGAUUUUCAACGGCAAAACUGGUGCACAAUAGCUGGCAGCUCUUAUCCUUGGCAUGCAGUUCGUCGUUUUGUACAAGAGAAUCAAGGAUUAAUGAGACGCAUGUAUGGUGACGAAAGACAUAUUAACGUAUUAAGAGCAGAAUUUGAGAGAAAUGAUAUAGAAUUAAAAUACGAUGAUUAUUAUCAUCAUUUUUCAGAUGAUCAUAGAAAAUACCAGUACAGUCACGAUUACGAAUAUUUCGAGGCGGAUGAUGAUUUAAAAUUGAACAACGAAUUCAGGGACGAGGGACGAGGUUUUACGAGUAGAUCGUUCAACGAUAACGUUGCAAAACGAUUAAACAAAUUUCCAAAAUUAAGCGAAUACACAAGACCUCAUUUUCGACCAACGGAGAGAACCUCGACUAUUUCCACUUCAACGACGACAACUACUGCUGCGCCACCAACAACUACCAUUUCAUCUACCAAGGAAAAUUCAUCGACAAUGAUUAUAUCCUCGACGAUUGUUUCGACCACUGUUCGUGAAUCAACUACGAGAAAUACUCCUUCGAUGACAAGUUUGGUAAAUAGCACGAACGAGGAAAAGAAAAACUCGUCAGACGAGGUAACGACAUCGCCUACAGUCACAAGUUCUUAUACAGUGAAAGAGCAAAAUUUCAGUAUCAAUGAAAUUUCCGAGCAAAUAGACAGAAUAGACGAGGUCGUUGAAGAAGCUGGCGAGGUUAUAGAGGUUUCUGAAUCCAACAUAGAGGAAACAACGACUAUGAAUUUUCCCGGUACUACCGAAUUACCGGAUGAACUCGAUGGAAGCGAAGAUUUAUUCGCGACACCGAAAGAGACGACCGUUCAAGAGGAGGAGACAUCCAACUCGAACGAGCAACAAGAGUUCAGGCCACGACCAGAAUAUCGACCGAGUAAGCCGGAAGUUUCGACUAUGGAAGGCCAGCUGUAUCAGGAUGUCGCGGCGAAAGAUCAACAGGAACAACCGGUUCUUAAACUUCGAGGAGUGAAUGCUUGCCCUGUAAAGGAGGAAGUGGUUGCACCAUUUUGGGCGAACAAUACACGAGGAGAAGUAUUGGCACUUUUGAAUCUUUAUCCCUUCGAGCAAUACGUUCAUUGGGAGAAAUGCACACACGAGAACAAACAGAUGUAUUGUCGAGAUGGAUGCAGAUGCGAGCAACAAUAUCGACUUCAUCGAUUAUUAGCUUAUGACCCGAACAACGAAUGCCGUGGUAUUUUCAGCGACUGGUUUAAAUUUCCAAGUUGCUGUGUUUGCCGUUGUUACGAUUUGCCUCUUGAAUUUCGCGUAACAUCACGCUCUCCUCGCACUCAGAAGCAACGAAUUAAAGUACAAUCACCUCGAUACACAUAAAGAAACUAAUUUUUUGGUCGAUAGAAAUUUC